AUGGCACGACCAAAAGUUCAACGCCAUUCGACGAUAACCGCGCCGCCCAGCCCGGACGGGAAAGACCGCGCACCGCAGUUAACUCCCAAGCACCGCCCCGCUACAACCAUAAAUACAAACAAACUUUCCAGGGAAGCAACAAUCCCUCCUCCGCGCACUCCUGCGCAAAGCCAGAGAAAAAAGGACAGACCACUGCUGACGUGUUUCGCAGUGUCCGUGUCGGAUGAGACCAAUGACGACUAUCCCUACCAAAUGAACACGACGACCAUAGCGUGCAACAGUCGGAGGACACCUACUUCGACCCACACGUCCUUCGGGACCAUCCAGGACCAGGUAAGCGAAGAACCCCGAGACCCACACGCACAGAAUGAGAACGCCCACUACGACCAGAGGGACGUCAUGGUGAUACAGGUAAACUCCAUCACAGACUCACGAAGGGAUUGCCCCUCGACAUCAACUGCGAACCACCGUUCCACCAGUGCAUUGGCGAUCUACCAACAAAAAGGUACCUACGGGAAACUCUACUUGCCCGUGACGCUUGAGGACCAAUGGGCACACGAUAAGCGCUCGUAG